UAUUCUCCCGAACCAAAAUAUUUUUUACUACUGAAAAAAAGUCCAUACCCCUUUUUUUUGCAAUUUAAUUGCAAAUUAAUUUAACAAUUUCUUCACUGAAAACAAUAAAUUUAGUACAAAAUGUCGUUAAUACCUCCACCAGUAAAACGUGAGCCAUCAAAAGAAGCAACAUUUUUCCAAAAUCAAGAACUAGAUGAAAUGGCAAAGCAUUUUGUUGGUAACUUUCAAAGAUAUAGGGAAAACAUUAUAAUACCAAGGAAUCUAGGACCAGUCCAGAUUAAAAGUGAUCAAGAAAAACUAAUCGAAUCGACUCUGGAGAGCUGUGUAUUUAAAUCAGUGAUGGCAUGCGUUAUGGGCUACGGAUUGGGUGCUGCUAUUGGAUUAUUCAGUGCAUCAGUUAAUCCAAAUAUAACAGAUCCACUUGCAAAUGAAAAACAACAAACUGCAAGACAGAUUUUCAAAGAAAUGCGCACCACAACACAUUCAUAUGCAAAGAAUUUUGCUAUGAUUGGAGCUGUUUUUUCAGCUGUAGAAUGUACAAUUGAAUCGUGUCGAGGAAAGACAGAUUGGAAAAAUGGUACUUAUGCUGGUGGAGUAACUGGGGGGAUUAUUGGACUUAGAGCAGGAGUUAAGGCUGGUGUUUUAGGAGCACUUGGAUUUGCUGCAUUCUCAACAGCCAUUGAUUAUUAUAUGCACCAAAGAUAAAUAAUAAAAGCAAUGUAAAUUUUAAUUAUUAAAAAUAGAAGUUGAGUUUUAAGAACGUU